AUGUCUAAGCCAUUCGAUCCUGAGCAGGCUGAGAACCUGGAAGAUAUGGAGAAGCAGUUUGCUGUGAAAGCCGUCGAACAUCUCAUGACAUACUGGGCCAUCCUUGAGAAGGUUAAGGGCUCAUCGCUGCGCCUGACCAAAGUGGAUGACGAGAUCCUUGAGACUUUCAUGGAGGCCUUCCCCGACUUUGACCCCGCUGCCACAGUUGAUGAGGAACAAAUGAAGAGCAAGGCCGGCAAGGAGAAGUGGCGCAACUGGAUCACCAAGUUCGACAAGAUCGAUGACUUCAACUUUGGCACAAUGAUCCGUAACCGGGCUGAUGUUGAGUAUGAGCAGGACAACACCAUCUUCGGUGUUCGCAUGCAAUUCUAUGCUAUUGAGAUCGCUCGCAACCGUGCGGGUCUGAACGACUGGAUCUACGAGAAGGCACAAAAAGCCAGUGCUUGA